UUUUGGGUUUUUCCUGGACAUCCUCGCAAUUCCUCUCGGAUCUUUUCUGGUGUUUGUUUCUUCCCUGGCCGUCUGCCAUUUUGUCUUCUCUGUGGUACGUGACCCAGAGAUCCGCCGCCCGCCCUCCGCCCCCCUCCACGUCCCUCCACGUCCCUCCACGUCCCUCCACACCUUUUCGUACCACACUGGUUCUCUGAGAGGCUCCAUCCUGGCUGGCACUAUUCCUGCCAAGGGGGAAGAGGACUUCCUUACGCUGGCCGCCUCGCGGCUCAGCCGCAGGAAACGGGUCAUCGGAGCUGCUGUAGGUGUGGCCAUGGUCCUAAUACUGUUGGUCGCCAUUCCCCUGCUGGUUCACACGACCAAAGGGGGGCAUGCUGGGAACGCAGGGAGCCAUUAUGAAAUGCUCGGGAGCUGCAGGAUGGUAUGCGAUCCGUACGCCACGUCUCAGCCGGGUCAGGAGCUGACGGCCGUGUCUCCGCCGCCGCAGGAUUACUCCGGGAAGAAGAUGAAGUCCGGGCUCCGGGGGCCUCCGGGGAUCCCGGGCCCUCCGGGAGCACGUGGACCUCCUGGAGAGCCGGGAAAAGCGGGGCCACAGGGGCCUCCGGGUCCGGGCCCCGGCGGCUACUCUCCCUCCCUCUACACUCCCAAAAUUGCGUUUUACGCAGGGCUGCGCAAGCAGCACGAAGGCAGCGAGAUACUGAAGUUUGACGACGUGGUGACCAACGUUGGCAACUACUAUGAACCCAGCACUGGCAAGUUCACCUGCCCGCUGCCUGGCAUCUACUUCUUCACCUACCAUGUUCUAAUGAGAGGUGGUGAUGGGACCAGCAUGUGGGCAGACCUGAAGAAGAAUGGACUGGUGAGAGCGAGCGCCAUUGCUCAGGAUGCCGAUCAGAAUUACGACUACGCCUCCAACAGUGUGAUUCUGCAUUUGGACGUAGGCGACGAGGUGUGUGUGCAGCUGGACGGAGGGAAGGUCCACGGCGGAAACACAAACAAGUACAGCACCUUCUCUGGCUUCCUCAUCUACCCAGACUGAAUCAGAUCCUCGACCGCAGACCAAGGAGGGAUUAGGAAAACACCCACACACACACACACACACACAGAC